AUGUUUCAAAAUGUGCAAACCAUAAUUUUAGAUAUAAACGAUGGAGAAAUGAGAACCGGGUACUCCGGAGAGUGCUCUCCUAGAUAUAACAGUAACCUAAUUCUAGGGCUACCAUUAGGUCAUAAUGCCACCUUAAAACAUACGAUAUUUCCAUUAUUACCAGAAAUAAAAAGAGAUAACGUAGAAUUAUUAUGUGGGAUGAGGUACAUAUAUGACCAUAAUAAUAGUAGCAAUUAUGACAUAAAUUUUGAGGUAAUGGAAAAAUUAUUCGAAGACAUAUCAGGAAGUAAAGCAUUAGAUGUUAAUUUUGAAGAUCAUCCUAUUUUAUUAACAGAACCUAAUAAAACGGAUAGUAAAUAUAGAGAAAAAUUUACAGAAUUAAUGUUUGAAUCUUAUGAUGUAUGUCAAAUGUUUCUAUCAAGAAGAAGCGUUUUAUCGUGUUAUGGUUGUGCACGGACAUCUGGACUAGUAUUAGAUAUUGAAAAAAACUGCACAAAUUUAUGCGGACUACAAGAAGGGUAUAUAUUUCAAAAACAUAUAGAAGAAGUUCCAAUAGGUGGAGACUUAAUUGAUAGAAUAUUCUUAGCAUAUUUAGAAAAUAUUAAAAAUAUUAAAAUAUACCCCUAUUUUUCUAUUGAUAAAAGUUUAAAUAAUGAAAAAUCUAGUACCGAUAUGAAAAUAUUAAAAUGUCCUUUGGUUACAAAAUCAUAUUACCUGUGGGGAUCUCUUCACGUAGUCAGCAAAUUGAAAGAAAGUUUAAUUAAUGAUUAUCAAAAUCCUAAUGACAAAAAUAAAAAAAAUUUAGAAACAAAUGGAACUGACAAUAGUUAUAAAUUACCAGAUGGUAAUAUAAUUAACCAAAAUAUUACUGAGUCAUUAAAACUUAUUAUUCCUUACAUUUUUUUUAGAAAAAAAUAUAAUCAAAAUAGUAUAAGUAAAGUUAGCGGAAUAACAAUGUUAAACAAUAUGGAUUUUAAUUUGUUUUAUGACACUUUAAAAAGUUUAAAGCUCCCAGUUCUACAUAAAUAUAAUUAUAAAAUUAAUAAGAGUAAUUCUGUCAUUGAAAAAAUUCCAGAAAACACUUCUGACAAGAAUUUCAGUAUGUGUUAUUCAGAUCAAAUAGAACCAUAUUUUGAAAUAUUUGAUGGCUUACAAGAUUUUAUUAAAAAAGGAAUUUUAUCCUUUCUAUCAGCUAAUAUUAAUCUAGACGAUGUUCUUAAUUUUCUAAUUGUAACAGGAGAAUCUACAAUGUUUCAUAACUUUGUUGGAAUAUUAAAAUCCUAUCUUCCUUUUAUAGAUACCAUAAAGGAGAAAAGUACAAGAAUUAUAUAUAGUAAAGGAGCGGACAGAAAAUACAAUUGUUUUAUAGGUGCAUCUAUUUUAUCAUCCUUGGGUUCCUUUUCGCAAUUCUGCAUGACUAAAAAUGAAUAUGAAGAAUAUGGGGUUAAAAACAUUGUUGAUAAAAAAUGCGUUUGA